AUGAGGAAACAGAACUUGUCAAUUGGUGAAAACUGUGACCAUUUAGGAACUGUGGAACAUGAGUUUCUGCAUGCGCUGGGUUUUUGGCACGAACAGUCCAGAUCUGACAGGGACGACUAUGUCACUAUAGUGUGGAACCAGAUUAAAGCGGAUAAAAAGAACAACUUCAUAUCCUAUAAUGAAACUGUGUCAAGCUCUCUUGGUGUGCCCUAUGAUUAUGGUUCAGUCAUGCACUAUAGUAAGACGGCCUUCAGCAAAACCGGUGAGCCAACCAUCGUUACCAAGACACCAGAAUUCUUGGAUGUGAUUGGUCAACGCUUGGAGUUCAGUGACAGUGACCUGCUCAAGUUGAAUCGGCUAUACAAUUGUACUACAGCCUCAACUUUUCUGGACUCUUGCCACUUUGAGGAGCCGAAUAUCUGUGGUAUGAUCCAGGGUGAUGGUGGAAAUGCCAAGUGGGCUCGUGUACAAAGAGUAAAGGGUGGUCCACAGACAGACUACACCAACCUGGGUCGAUGUCAAGGUGCUGGAUUCUUCAUGCAUUUCAGCACAGCCACAGGUACCCAAGGUGACAAGGCUUACCUUGAAAGUCGCCUCUUUUACCCCAAAAGAUGCUCCCAAUGCCUGCAGUUCUAUCACUACAACAGUGGGGGUGCCGACGAUCAGCUAAACAUCUGGGUGCGUGAAUACACCACUAAAAACCCCAAAGGAGCGCUGAGACUCAUUCAGAAGAUCAGUGGUGGACUCCAAGGCUCCUGGGAACUAUACCAUGUUACGCUAGAUGUCUUUGAUAAAUUCAGAGUGGUGUUUGAAGGAGUUAAAGGAGGAGGCACAUCAACGGGUGGGCUUUCUCUGGAUGACAUCAACCUCUCAGAGACCCAGUGUCCUCAAUACACUUGGCGCAUUCGUGAUUUUACCAGUCUUCUGGCUACAACCCCUGCCGGUUCCAAAACCUACAGCCCCCGCUUCCUGUCCCCAGAUGGUUACUCAUUUCAGAUUGGUUUGUACAUUAAUGGUGUGACGGACAACCCAGAUAAUAUGGCAAUCUACCUCCACUUGACCUCUGGACCCAAUGAUGACAGUCUCCAGUGGCCGUGUCCAUGGCGUCAGGCGUCCAUGGAGCUGAUGGACCAGAAUCCAAACAUCCAACACCGCAUGAACAACAUUAGGAUGGUGACUACAGAUCCAACAAAGACCUCCACUGACUCCAUGGGCAAUGUUGAGUAUUUCUGGGAUGACCCACGAAAAGUAGGCAGUCUAGUCACUGACUCAGACGGCAGUUCAUUCUACCGGGGACCAGGUUACGGUACCAGCAGUUACAUCACACAUGAUCGUCUGAAGAGUCGAAGCUUCAUCAAAGGAGAUGAUGUCAUCUUCCUCCUCUCCCUUGAAGACGUGACUGGACUUUUGGGGACUCAGACCAGAGAGUCGUGGAGACGGGAAAUCAGAGAUCUGCGAUUACAGACUGAUGAGGCUGUUGGAAGCUCGACAGCAACAGUGGCAAUAAGUGUCUUUGUGGGGGCUGCCAUGUUCCUGGGUCUCGCUGUGGGCACUAUGUUCUACAUGCGGAGAAGGAGGAGACUGAUGGAAAGAGACGCAGAGAUUGAGCCAGAGAGGACAGAUGGUUAACCCUAAAUUUCCAUUUAAAACGACAGUGGACUAAAAGAUCCUCAUGACAACAUGCAGGAAACAUCAUGGAACAAUGGAGAGAGGAGGGAAAAAUCCAGAAUUUGCCAGAUUGUGUCUUCAUUACUGUGCUGAAUCUACUGAAUCAUAACUUGCCUUUUCUCUGGUCCAAAAAAAAAAAAAAAAAAGAAAGAAAGAAAAAA